CGACCAUCACCUUCAACAAAAAGAAACCUAUUCAUCCAUUUCACUGCCUCCAAAAUGACGUUCUAACCUUACCAAAACUCCGAUCGGUACCUGUGAUGACUAAGCGUCGUAACCGGCGAUCUCGGCUACGGUGCGGCUUCGGGACCAAAGUGGCAAUAUCGUCGAACUCUAACAAACUCGCCGCUUGCUACCGAGAAACAAGAGAACAACCAACAACCCAGGUCUUGUUCAAACGCCCCAACAAUGGCUCUGACGCCUUCUUUAUACUGAAUGGAUUUGCUCGACUGAGACCCUGAUCGCCAUUCAGCCAAGUCCAGAGUUAUUUGCCCGUCUUUUGGCUGACUCGCCUGCCACAGGAUGGCCUUCAACGCUCCGCUUUGCCUGCCCAAUGCGGCAGCUUUGACUACGGAUCUUUGGCCUUCCGUGGCUAAUGCUCUGGCAACGCCGUGGAAGAGUUUUGGCCGGCCAUCGUCAUCGGAAAUUCGUCCUGCCAAGGAACGUCAUGAUCUUCUUCCGAGCCGCCGGGAUGAAUCUUCAACGGUUCAAUCUCAUACGGCCCUUCCUGAGUGUUUGAAGUCAGUCCCGAUGAACGCUCUGCGAAACAGCUCCAAAGCAAACCCUGCGUUUGGCCAACAAACCCUGUCUUCAAUAUUUUCUUCUCCUACUCGGACAACUAUUUUGAACAACCGGAUUCCUUCGACGGCGAACAAUGUCAAAUCGACCUCCCCACGCCAGUACUCUACCAUUUCUCUCCUCCAACUCGACCGUUCGCGGAGGAUUCCAGAAUUGAAAGGUGUUUCACAGAUUCAGCAGCACAGAUUCCUUUACGGCGGACCUUUCCAGAAUGUCUUAGCCCACACUGAGAGAACCGCAAACAGCAAACCUCAUAGCGUGAGCGCCCAAAAUGCAUUUUACAACGCCUUGCUUCGCGCCAACAUGCCUGCAAUCAUCAUUGAACGAUACCGGAGCGGAAAGUAUGCCAGUGAUGGGUUCAGUGAAGCUACAUACCUAAAGGCUCUUGAGCGUGUCGGCGGCUUGGAUGCUAGCGCUGGUUUCAGGCCUGCACAGAACCAAUUUCAAUCGCAAAAUCAGAAUCUCAACAAUGAUCAACUCCAAGCGGUUGGACAAGCGGUUGCGGCCCAUAUGAAUGGGGGACAAGUUGGACUAUCUACGAAAAAGGACGGUACUGGAGCCAAGGAAUCCCCUCUGUACGUUGUGGUGGAGGAAUCUCUGUCAAGCUCUAUUUAUCGCUGGGUCAAAUUCAUCUUCAUUUUCCUGCUCUUCACCUACGUCUCCUUCGUCGUGAUCAACAUUAUCGCAGACACUACAGGUAUACUGAAAAACGUGCGAGGCUCCCAGCCCAACGAAGCGCAACCGCAGCACCAACAAGUUCGGUUCAGUGAUGUUCAUGGAUGCGACGAGGCCAAGGAGGAACUACAAGAACUAGUCGAAUUUUUGACUAACCCUGAACGCUUCAACACGCUUGGUGGCAAACUACCCAAAGGUGUGCUCCUGGUUGGACCCCCUGGUACAGGAAAAACACUACUUGCUCGAGCUGUGGCUGGAGAGGCUGGUGUACCUUUCUUUUACAUGUCUGGAUCGGAAUUCGAUGAGGUAUAUGUUGGUGUAGGAGCCAAGCGUGUUCGCGAAUUGUUCAAUCAAGCCCGAACCAAGGCACCUGCGAUCAUAUUCAUUGACGAAUUGGACGCGAUCGGAGCUAAGAGAAAUGAGAGAGAUGCCGCCUACGUGAAGCAAACUCUGAAUCAACUUCUGACCGAACUCGACGGGUUCUCCCAGUCUACUGGCGUUAUUAUCAUUGCAGCAACCAACUAUCCUAAACUACUCGAUAAAGCCCUAACACGACCUGGCCGGUUCGACCGCAGGGUCGUAGUCGGCCUUCCUGACGUCCGCGGCCGCGUUGAUAUCCUGAAACACCAUAUGAAAAACGUCCAAAUAAGCACAGAUGUUGACACUACUGUUAUUGCCCGUGGAACACCUGGUUUUUCCGGCGCCGAUUUAGAGAAUCUCGUCAACCAAGCUGCCAUUCAUGCCAGCAAGAACAGACAGACCAAGGUCGGCCCUAAGGACUUCGAUUGGGCCAAGGACAAAAUAAUGAUGGGAGCCGAAGCGCGCAGCAGAGUUAUGCGGGAGAAAGAUAAGCUUCUUACCGCAUAUCAUGAAGCAGGACAUGCUCUUGUCGCUUACUUCUCUCCCGCUGCGACCCCCCUGUAUAAAAUUACUAUUGUUCCGAGAGGCAUGUCUCUGGGUACCACUCAUUUCCUCCCGGAAAUGGACAUCGUUUCACGGAAUUAUACUGAGUUUUUGGCGGAUAUCGACGUGUCUAUGGGUGGUAAGGCUGCUGAAGAACUUGUUUUUGGACCUGAAAACGUCACGAGCGGUAUAUCAUCGGAUCUUCAACAUGCAACCAACACCGCCUUCUCGAUGGUGACGCAAUAUGGGUACUCCAAGAAACUAGGCUCCAUCGACCUCGUUACAAACUACAAGACUUUAUCUUCGGAGACCAAGCAAGAAAUCGAAUCCGAAGUCAGACGUCUAGUCGAGGAAGCGAGUCGGCGUGCAACAGCAAUUCUCACAGAACACCGAAAGGAACUGGAGCUAUUAACCAAGGCAUUGAUGGAGUAUGAGACGUUGACGAAGGAGGAGAUGGAAAAGGUAUUGAGGGGAGAAAAGUUGGAUAAGCUUGAAUCGAUACCCAAAGCACCAAUUAUACUGCCCGAUGCACUGAUGGCGGCCGGAUUAAAGCCGACUGCUGGUGAAUCUGCCGCGCCAAAAUGAGCAUGAGUAUCAUUUAAUGCUUUCCUGGUUUUGCUCGAGUUCUUCUUUUAUUGUCUUUCCCUUUUUACUUUCUUUUCUUGCUAUUAUUAGUAUACAAUUGGUCUCUUGAUUCUCCCGUUGUUUGAUUGCUUUUUCAUAUAUAGCUUUUUCUUUUCAUCAUCUUUUUUAGCACUUGGCUUCAUACCCUUUGGAAGCAUACAUGCAUGCAUACCAUCAACACUCAUCUCCGAAAACAAUUUGACACAGAUAUACCAUUAUCUGCUCAGUCACUUUCGCAUGCCAUAUCUCCCAUGUGGUUUUCCCGUCCCCUUUUCUUCUGUGUUCACAUUUUCCUUUGUUGGGGGCAAACAUACAUGUAACACAGCGGAAACAAUGGAUCUAUCAGUUUUAAAUUUUUCAGUUUCUUCCCCUUUUCUUUGUAAACUUCUUCCUACUGUUGAGCUAUCAAAAACCACUGCUAACAUGUAAAGUACACUUCAUUACUAUUCCACGUCCCUCAACCGAAGGAUUGAUAUUUACGCCCGGCCAAAAACCACCACUUUUUUAUAGGUUAGCAUAUACAUGGACUGUACAUACAAAAUAACUUUGAUUUGCGAAAGCUAAUCUAGAAAAUUUGACUUUCUCCUGUCAAAACAUACCUGGGCCUUCCAGGCCCUAUCCUAGUAGGGAAGAAUGCUUCCGCAGUCAAAUGACAGGGCCACAUCUUUUGUAGCCAAGUGGAAGGUUGUGUGCAAGUCGUAUGCAUGUUCUACCCAGCCCUACACCCAGAAUAUGCAGGGAACAGUACGACAAAAACGCUGUCUUGACGAGUAUUUUGGUUUUAAAAGGAAAAAGCAACCGAGGUGUUAUAAUUAGCCGCUCCCAGUCAGUUGCUCAUCAUGACGGGAUACUAUCAAAGUCCGGGCUGUCACAACAGAAUGAUAUUUAUCGGUGGACAGAAACGAAAAGGGCAUAUCGCCUGGCAUUUCGGUUCCAAUGAUGAUUCCGCACUCCCGACUUCAUGGUGGAUAGAUUUGAAAUCAGAGAACAAAACCUGCAUCAGCUUCAAGGUUGCUGACCAAUCAAAGGCCCUUUGGAGUGCUCAAGUUUUACAAUUCAUCUUUCUGGUCGUGGUUCAACACUUUGCAGUUCGCCAUGGAUGGUGACUAGUGGAAAACAGGCACAGGGAGAUGGGAUAGAAUGAGAAAACCGAACAUGGGACGAGGGGUGAAAUUUCCUGUUCACACGAACCAGCAAGCCCUUCCCUCAUCGAGAAAAAGGAGAUGAGGGGUAGAAACGCACAUUGCUGCAUCAUGUAGGAAGCGAGGUGCAGUCCCGAAGCUCUCUCCUUGGCCUCGAGAGGGACAGAGAGAAAACAGGACGAAGAAUGAUUUAUAGAUCCAAAAGACCUGGUUGGUGGCUCAAAUGCUUUCGAGGCCUGGUCUGUCCGGCGCCUGAUUUAGGCGCGGUUUAACGAGAAACCUUGACCAUGGGUCUCCGGAGGAGACUGAGUAGUAGGAGUUAAGUUACGGCGUUUGGAUGAUCGUUUCUCACGAAAAUCUGGCUUGAAAGAGCGGUUGAACAGACCAUCAUUAUCAAAGAAUAGAUUGGGGUAUCAUUUACCCAACCAGCAAAGGAUCUUCUUGCCAUCUACCGAUUACAUCCGUGCAGAUAUUCCUUCUUCUGACACACGGCGUUGAAUUGAUGAAAGCGCUCGACUACCAAGCGCGAGACAAGAUCGGGCUAGUCGGGUGCCGGUGGUGAGACAGAUGGAUCAACCUAGCAGGGCCUGGAGCAUCCCAACUGACGGGCCGCAAUCCCGUGCACGCCGAUUGGUAGUUGAGCACCACCACCCGGGGAGGUCAUCGCUGAACUUCGUCCUCCCCGACCGAUUGCAACCAUCCAUGAGCAUCCUGGGAUCCCUUGCAAAGCUAGAUGAGCAUCGGCAUACAUGUAUGUAUGUAUGUACUCCGUACACCGCCCUAGUACAGGAGAUAUAAGCAGGUUGAAACGAUGAUGGUGUUGGCUGUUCAUUGAAUUGUGAAUUGUGAAUUGUGAAUUCGUCAUUACUUUGGCGGCGAUGACUGGAGCAGACUGGUUUCUUUUGUCGUUCUAUCAUUGCUCCCCUUCCUCCAUUUAGCUGGAGGUCACGGCCGGGUGGAGACUUCAUGACCACGCGAAAUGAAUCUUAGACAUCGACUGGCAAUCACUCUGGCGCUAAACCGAGGAGCGGGAAUGUUAAUCAUUCGCAAAUGUUGAUCCUCUCCUGUCCGUUUUUUUGGGGGUUCGGUGAAUCGCUCCUUGAGAGCGGAGGAGGCAAGAGCGAUUCCAGCGGUCUCUACCGAACAAGUAUCAGUAACCGCCUAUCCGGACAUCAUUAUUAUUCUCUAGCGAGUCUCCUCGCUCCGACCGUGCUAUUCCAGGAAGCUGAACUCCUUCGAUACUGCUUGCAACUUUACCACUAAUGUUUGGGCCGGCCGUUUGGUUCAUCUUUCCAGCCUUUUGGCGAUAGUCGGUAAUUCUCUGCAUCGGUAAAGUGCCUACGGAGUAACCCUGCCCAGUCCCGGGGUCUGUUGAUUGGAACGAGAAUUGAACGAUUUAUCCCGCCUAGCUUUCAUUGGACAGAAACCAACCAAGGCCAACGCUCUUGGUUUGCCCUUGGGCUCGAUUUGGUGACUUCUCGACAUUUGGCCCUUGGAUAUUUGGGAUCUGUUUCUCUUCCCCGACAAGUGGUUGACUCGGUAUGAAUUUGCUGCCUCCAACAAUGUAGUGCGGGCAUUUCAUGCUGCCUGAGACAUCCAAAAGUUGAAGCACAUGUACAUGUAUGUACAUACAGCCCGAAACGUUGAAUGUCAGAUCGCUCCAGAUGUUCCAAAAUCUUCCUUCUCGUUCGUUUCUCAUACAUUCCGCUCUGAGUUCGGGACCUUACCAUGAACCCUGGAAAUGGGAGAUGCGCAAAGCUUGAUCUCCACUUUUUAAAGUAACAGAAAGUGGGAACCUAAGUUAAACGGAUAAACUAAACCCCCUAUCCUAUCCGUGCUUCAUCCCGAUUUGUUGGUAACCAGGUGUCUGGUCUCUUCUAGACUCUGGUGAACGUUAUCGUUUGAAAUGCAUUGAUGUUUGAUUUGUGUGAUAGUACUACGUAUGUAUGCUGAUCUGUGGCGGAGUUUCUACGCUGUAGGUUGCUUUAAAGCAUCCCUGCGCAUUGCGUCUAUGGAUAUGUGAAGGAAUUUUUUCUGAUAUUGUCCAAAUAUGCUCUGAAUAACCACCUGGAUUGUCUUUGCUCGUAGUAAUGAACCGUCUUACGGACGCCUGUAUUUGGAGCAGGGUAGUCAGGAGCAGGAGGGUGGGCGAAAAUCUUUCCUAUGGGUUCCCUUGUCCAAAACCUUCAUCGAAAACCCCGGCCUGUGGAGCAGGACAUCUGCCGAGACAGCGAUCUCUUCUGGGUAACUAGUCAGGUGGGUUGAGGGAUUCCGUGGAAGCGAAAGGGCAACGGGCUCAGAGAUGUAUUGCGUGUAAUUCGUCACAUUUAACGCAGGUGGCCCGCCAUUGCUCAUAGACCCAAAGUUCUCCUGCACCUCCCGCAAGUUACUUGAGGUUGAGUCUCGACGGCCAUAUUUGUGAGGAGUGCAGC